CUCAGACGUGGCUCUGAUUUCAUAUCUAAAAUUCGACGACCCAUUGCGGACCGUCAAAGUGAUUUGUUGCAACAAAUCACUUUGCCCAAGAGGAAAUGAACAAUGUUUCAACGGUAGCCCUGCGCACAGCAAGCCAUUGCUUGCCUUUUCCACCAUGUCUGGCACCCCUCCAAGCCAGUAAUCCCUUCACUACAGCUGCGCCUCGUCCCUUUUCUCUUUUCUGCCGACUGAUAGAGCCAAAACUUCGGUCGCAAAGACGGACAUUCUGCAAAUCAACGCAGUCAUGCUUCCACCAAUCUCCCCUUCGUUCGAUCCUCAGACCAUAUGAAUCGGACGGCAAACCAGAAAAAGGAUUGAAAUUUGAAGAUAAGGACCUGGGCUCGGUUCAGCUGAGACUCGUGUUCGGGCGCAAUGCUCCACCCCCGAACUACGCCAAUCGUCUCCUACGUCUGUUGAAUGCUCGACGUGUCGACGGGACACUGGACGUACCACUUCCCAGCGAAGUCGAGGCAGAGCUGGACAAGUAUCCCAAUGCGGUCGCCAAAGGUCUGGCAUAUCUACGAAAGGUAUAUCCGGUCGACGAAGAUGCGGCUAUAAUGGCGAGGAUUGAACGCGAGGACGAUCGAGUGGUCAAAGACAAUCCUUCAGAACUGGUGCAGCGUGGACAAGAUAUCGGACUUUACAAGGGCCCCCAGAGUGGGUACUAUCAAGCGGAACUGAGCGAAAAAGAGGGAGAUGUCUAUGGGCGCAGUGAGCUGGACCGGAUGAGAGCAGAGUACAUUGAGCAGGCGGAGCGAGAAGAGGAGGAAUUGCAGGCUAAGAUUGAAGCCAAACAAGCCCAGGCACAAGAACAACAACAGAUGACGGCUUUGGCACAACGGCCUGAACAAGGCGUCGAAACAGCCAAGGAAAUACGACCGCCCAAUUCGUUUGAGAAAUGGGUCAUGAAAGCUGAGAACCGUGCCACAUCUAAGCUGAGUGAGGACUCGCCGGAAAUUGCCAGUCGCACUCUCCUGAACCGACUGUUGCCGUCGUUUUUGUUCUUGUCGCUGGUGGUAGCCGGCUGCUAUCUCAUGUCGGAGUACUGGGUGCGUCCCAAACAAGCGGACCGUCUCUGGCCGAAUCUGUCAUUGGCUUGGGCGACCGUAGCCGGACUGAUUGCUGCCAACACAGCUGUUUACGUGGCUUGGAGAAUUCCUGGUGCUUGGAAGUGGCUCAACAAGUAUUUUCUCACAGUCACAGCGACGCCCAGUCCGCUCAGCAUGAUUGGAGCAACAUUCAGUCACCAAGAGUUUGGCCAUCUCGCUCGUAACAUGUUUGGCAUUGUUAUGUUUGGAAUUCCUCUACACGAGCAGAUUGGUCGGGGGGACUUCCUGGCUGUCUAUUUCGCCUCCGGGGCUAUAGCGGCAUUUGCAGGGCUUGCGUGGCAUGCAUCUCGGCGCGUGUUUACUGCCACGGCUUUGGGAGCUAGCGGUGCAUGGUUCGGGAUUGCCGCGGCUUACCUGACGCUGCAUUUAGAUGAUCACUUUUCCAUCAUCUUCCUUCCUAAGGAAUUGGCCGAGUACAUCAACGUGAGUGGAAUGGUUCUGCUAGGAGGAUUGGCUGUCUUCCAGGUGGCUGGACUGGUGAGAGCCAAAGCUGGAGUUGCGUGGGUGGACCACUUGGGUGGAAUGGUGGUAGGAGUUGCCAGCGCCUGGUGGAUCCAACACAAGCAGGACAAGAACAAGGCUGGUGUGAGAAAGUCGUAUCCGCCUGGAGUGGUGAUGAAUCCCAAGUGAUGAUGAUAAGGUAUGGAGAUGGGGAGGUAUAGAACGGCCCCUGAUAUUCUGUACCAAUGUAUAACAUAAUAAAUAUUAGAACAAGAUCUCGC